AUGACCGAAGCAAGCCUUUUCAUAAAGAAUGAGCCUGACGAGAACAGUGAUUCGAAUUUUUUCAUCAUGUCGCACUCCGGCUACGCCAUGCCUAAUCAGUUUGGCAACUCCAACGAGGGCAUCGAUCCCUCCGAUCUGACAAUGCAGAACAGUGGCUUUAUGUCCUUUCCCUUCAGCUCUCAGCAGAAUCUCUCGUCGAGUUUCAACUUCGGAAACUCCGGAAUCGAUACAGAUGAACUGCUCGACCUCGAACUCAGCGGCCAGAAUGGCAUGCCACGGAACGAUAAUAUGAACUUCAUCCAGGAACAGCAACCAGCCGGCGGGGUUUCCAUGAGUCACCCAGGUCAAAUGGGCCAUAUGUAUUCCAACGCUCCCGAUGCUUCUAUGCAAAGCCCGUUCAUGCAGAACAACUUUCAAUACGACCAGUUCCGGAACAUGAACCAGCAAGCUCAGUCCAUCCCAACUCAUCUCCAGCGCUCCAAUUCCCAAUUCGACCAAAAUUUCCAUGGUGCCAAGGGUCGCCCAAGUAUGCAGGUCAUCGACCGAUCGAUAUCAGACUCUCGCAGCCCCAUGACCCCGAAGACGCCCGCCAUGGGUGGACUGGCCUUGGGAACCCCGGAAUCUGGCAGCUUUCCGAGUCAGCCUAUCCGUACAGCAAACCUGCACCAUCGACACCAGAAGACUCUUUCGAACCAAUGGGAUGGUACCCCGGGAAGCGGUCAUUCUUUUGGCGAAUCGCCCAUCUCGUCUCCGCCCACUCAGACCCACCACGCCGGUAUCUCUGAGAUCCUGAAAUCUGGAAAGCACGCUUCGUUGCCUGCCAAAGUGGACAAUCAUAUGCCUGGGCAUAUGCCGGAGCAGGAGACGCAAGAAGCCAAACGCCGUCGCCGCAGGGCUUCUCACAACUUAGUCGAGCGUCGCCGACGUGACAACAUCAACGAACGGAUCCAGGAUUUGUCGCAUUUGGUGCCUCAGCACCGACUGGAAGAUGACAAGGUCCGGAAGCAACUGGUCAACAACACCAUGUCUCCGUCGGGUAGUAGCACGAACGCUGCAACUUCGCUGCUCGCCGGCGGCAAUGGUCGCCGGGCCACUGCAGGCAACAUUACGAUGGGUUUGCCCAUUGAGGAGAAGGAGAAGGGUCCGAACAAAGGCGACAUUUUGAACGGUGCUGUGAGUUGGAUGAGAGACUUGAUGUGGUCUAUGCACGUCAAGCUCCAGCAGGAGUCGGAACUGGCCGAGCUGAUCACUAGUCUCGGUGGAACCUGGCCAUUUGAGCAGACUGAGGAAGAGAAGCGGAUGCGAAGCGAGAUCCUCGAUGCCUUGGAGCGCAAUGACCCUAGUUCCUUCAGCUACACCAGGGGCCCUGGCAGUGGUCUUCGGGUACCCAAGCACACGAAUUUUGCGGGUGAUGCCGUGUCUGGACCUGGCGCUCUCAGUCCCCAAAGCUUGAGCCCGUCAUACAACAGCGGUGCUAGCAGCGCCCCUAGCACGGGUCCUGGCCAAGCGCAAUAUUGGAACAGUUCAGGCCACGCUGGGAUGAGCUUCAAGGAAGAAGACGAGUACGCAAUGGAGAUGAACUAA